CAGCCACGGCACAGUUCGGCGCACAGUUUGAAACGUUUCGUAUACAAAGCAUAAUCGUGAAUUGAGCCGCGCUUUUGAACGCUGUGACGGUGUUAUUUGCUUAAGUACAUUAGUUGGUGGUGCUAUUAGUGGAUUAGAAGAAAGUCGACCGCUCGAUCGAAAAUGCUUAAAUCGAUACUGACAUUCGCUGAUCAGUUUUUAUUUUCGAUUAUGGGGUACAUCAUGCGGCGCUUUCUGCGGUCGGCCAUGAUCGUCUUCAGUUGGUUCGUUGUACCCUACAGUCGCUUCACCAACAUCAAAGUGAACCGCAAAAAGUUGCCGCCCAUACGGAGUCAUCUGCUGGAAAUACCCGCUGUCGAUUUGGCCAAACUGAUUCGCAAUGGAAAGAUCAAAAGCGAAGAGGUGGUCGAGGCGUACAUCGAGCGGUGUAAGCAGGUGAAUCCGUUGAUUAAUGCGAUUGUGCAAGAUCGCUUCGAAGAGGCGCUUGAGGAGGCACGUGAAACAGAUCGCCUUAUCGCGUCCGGCAUCAACACCAUCGAGGAGAUGGAGGAGAACACACCAUUGUUAGGCAUACCGGUAACGGUGAAGGAGAGUAUCGCCGUGAAAGGCUUAACCAAUCAGGCGGGACGCGUUUUCAAAACACCACAAAUUGCCAAAUCCGAUGCGCCUGUGGUGGAGCAGAUCAAACGUUGUGGUGGCAUAAUAAUGCUGGUAUCGAAUACACCAGAGCUGUGUCUGCUGUGGGAGACCUACAACAAUGUGACAGGGCAAACAAAGAACCCUUACGAUUUGAAGCGCACACCUGGUGGCUCUUCGGGCGGUGAGGCUGCUUUGUUGGCGAGCGGUGCUUCGUUGUUGGGACUGACCUCCGAUAUUGGUGGCUCAUCACGUCUGCCCGCCAUGUUCAGCGGCAUUUGGGGACACAAACCAACACCAUAUUCAGUUUCAUUUAAGGGCCACCAUCCGACCAGCGAUUACCCGAAAUGGGGUGACUUCUUCACAAUUGCGCCGAUGACACGUUACGCUAAAGAUCUGCCAUUAUUGCUCAAAUGCAUGUUGGAUCCUACCGGACCUAAGCUGACACUCGAACGUGAACUUAGUCCACAGAGCAUACGUUUCUUCUUCAUGGAUAACGAUGGUCCAUCGGGCAUGAUGCGUCCGUUGAGUCGCGAUCUGCAUGCCGCCAUCAAUCGUGUGGCCACCGAUUUUAAUGCGAAACGUGUAAAUAUCAGAAAAAUGAAACUCUCACUAGACAUCUCACUAUCCGCCAUGCUGACCAUGAAGAACAUUGAAACCAUCUAUUACAAAACAGAAGAAGGCGAACGUCCGAAAACCGUGUGCACCGAAACUGUAAAAUACUUCUUCGGCUGUUCGGAUAGCAUAUUGCCAUCGGUGAUAUUCGGACAUUUGCAAAACUUCAUGAAAAUCAUACCGAAUUCACGCCACAAGCACUUGGCCACCAUCAUUGAGGCGCUCAAGACUGAAUUCAAAGAGCUGCUCGGCAACGAUGGCGUCUUUCUCUAUCCAACAUUUCCGAAUACGGCGCAUCAGCAUUAUCAAAUCUACCACAAGCUGUUGGAGCCCAUGUAUAUGGCGAUAUUUAAUACGCUGGGCUUGCCCGUCACCAACUGUAUGAUCGGUUUGGAUCGACGUAAUCUGCCAAUGGGCAUACAGGUGGUGGCGAAUCCGGGGCAGGAUCAUCUCUGCUUAGCAGUGGCGCGCGAAAUGGAGCGACGCUACGGUGGUUGGGUGCGUCCGCCCUCAGAGGAGUCAGCGAAGCGUGUAUAAAGCAGCAGUGAGGAGCAAAAUGCGACAAAGGGAGUGAGAGUGAGAGCGAGAGAGUUCAUACAUAUAUGUAGUUUGGCGUAAGGUGCAAAGGGUGUGUCCGUCAAUGCUGUGUCGGCAGUCUAAACUAUUUUAUUAAGUUCGAAGCGGUGCAAAUAUAAAUUGGAUUGUACUGCUAUAUAUGUACAUAUAUAAGAAGGAAUGUAGCGAUUGUGCCUCUAUACACCAUGGUGCCUCACUUGUGCCACGCCUGCUGUGAGUUUAGUGAAGCUCUUGGACGUCAACUUUCAAAGCUUUGCAAAGCGACUGAUGUUACGUUAUAACAAAAUAAUAUUUUCAUAAUUUUAUAUACUAUUAUAUAUAGAUUUAGUUCAAUUUGUAAAUCGGACGCAUCACAUUUUUGUAACUGUAAUUUAAUUUGCAUUUGCAUCACGAGUAUUUAUAGAAGAAAAAAAUUUUGUUUCAUAAUUCGAAGACUUUUGUAAAUUUGAAAAAUGUAUUUAAUGAGAUUUUUUCCUUGUUUAGGAUUUUUGCUAAUUUUUGCGAUAAUGGUUUAUUAAUUAUUUGAUAUGAAAUUGCUAUAGGCGUGAACUGCUGUACAUACUGUGUGUGUACUAGGUCUUCAAUAAAGAAUCCAUUAUUUUUCAAAUAGUAAUCUGUAUCUCGCGUUGUAUAAACGCGAUUAGGUUAUGUAAUAGGACGGUAGAAGGAUAAUAUUUCAUAUUAAAAAAAAAUUCUCACAGUUUGGUGAUUGCUUGACUAAGUAUUGUUAGAACGCUUGUAAAAGAUGUCCAUCAACAAAGAGAAAAUAUGGAACCAUUUAUACUUUUCUUCAAUAAAUGCGAAAUCGCAAGCCAAGUGGCUGAAAAUGAGCGUAGUGUUUGUGGGUCUAAUACUGCAGGAGACUGCUAAUUUUGAUGAUAAAGAUACACAGAGUGCGCCCUGGAAAGCCAAUGGUUAAAAUUAGCGAUAAAAUAAUAGAAUUCGUCGAGUUCAAACGCAAUGUAAGUACUGCUUCGAUCUCUCGGAGCUAAAUAUGGCAUAAAAAACCUUUUCGCACCAUUUAAGUAAGGCAGGAUUUAAAAAAAAACGCGAUGUAUUGGUACCACACGAGUUAACCCAAAACAAGCUCAUGGAUCGAGUUUUCAUCCAAGAAUCGCAAAAAUAUCGAACCGUUUUGGAAGCAGAUGGUAACUGGUGUUCUACAGUGACCCACUUGCGACAAAGUGAAGUAAAAACGGUCGUGGUCGAAUUGCGGUAAUCCGAGCCAGGAUUAAAUUGAAUUGUUUAAUAUGUGUUUGGUGAAAUUGACAGGGAACAGCUUCUAUGAGCUCCUUACUUACGACCAAACUCUUAAUUCGGCGCUGUAUUGUCAACAAUUGGACCGACUGAAAGCAAUCGCCCAUUAGUGACCAGCUUUAACCAUUAGAAGAGAAAUUGUGUUACUUUAGGACAAUGCGUGGCCUCACACGUCAUUAUUGACGCGCGAGCAGCUCCGGGCAGCUUAGUUGUGAUGUUUGUAUGUAUCCAUUUUAUAGUUUAAAUCUCACAUCAAGUAAUUACUGCCUGUUCCUGUCUAGGACGAAUGAUUUGGCUAUUGAAAAAUUCGUCUCAAGAAAAAAAAUAAUUGUUCAAGCUUCUUGUCGAUGGCACGAGCUAUUUGGGUGCAAAACUGCAAAAGUCAUGUGCAAAACGGUAGAUCAGAAGUACAAAAAAUUCCUAUUAUCACUCGAUAGAAGAGACUGUAGAAACAUGAUGGGGAAUACUAACUGAUCACUGUCUGGUGGCGACGCACACCCGUAGGAUGGGCUGACAGUUCAAGAAGACUGCAAGAAAUGUCUAGAGCAAAGCAGCAGGGAAACAGUCGAGCAUCUCUUGUAUACUUCUCCAGCAUUGGCAAGGCUACACUAAGCAUUUGGGGUCCCCACGGUAUGAUACACUGGAUAUCGAUAGUGAGGCCGCAGUGUCUGUUAAAAUUCGACUGAUGGAUGACUACGAGGAGUAGUAGAAGUAGGAGUAGACCUAGCAACUGAACUCCAUCUGCUAUCGCAAAUGAC